AUGCAGUGGAAUCAACAAGGCCAACAGCACCAGAUGACGGGGCACUAUGCCUCUCCUGUUGCCGCCACAAUCCUUUGUUGCAUUUGUGGCACCAACAUCGAGCCCAACGCCUCGAACAUGUGUGUUACCUGCAUCCGAGGCCAGGUUGACAUCACAGAGGGCAUCCCCAAGAACAUCAUCAUUCACAGCUGCAAGCACUGCGGCAGGUACCUGGUGCCGCCGAACGCGUGGGUGUACUGCGAGCUGGAGUCGCGCGAGCUCCUCACCUUCUGCCUGAAGCGCAUCAAGGGCAUGAACAAGGUCAAGCUCAUCGACGCCGGCUUCGUGUGGACUGAGCCUCACUCGCGACGGCUCAAGGUCAAGAUCACCGUGCAGAAGGAGGUCUUCACGUCGACCAUCCUCCAGCAGGUGUUCGUCAUCGAGUUCGUCGUGCAGAUGAUGCAGUGCCCGGCCUGCGCGGCCAGCUUCACCGAUCACACGUGGCAGGCCGUCGUGCAGGCGCGCCAGAAGGUGGACCACAAGCGCACCUUCCUGUACCUCGAGCAGCUCAUCCUCAAGCACAGCGCCCACACCAACACCAUCCGCAUCAAGGAGAUGCCCGACGGCCUCGACUUCUACUUCGGCCACCGCAGCCACGCCGCCAAAUUCGUCGACUUCCUCCAGGCCGUCACUCCCCUGCGGUACAAGACGUCAGAGCAGCUAGUGUCGCACGACGCCAAGAGCAACAUCUUCAACUACCACUACACCUUCUCGGCCGAGAUCGUGCCCAUUUGCAGGGACGACCUCGUAUGCCUUCCCCGGAAGCUCGCCCAGCAGCUGGGUAACAUCAGCCCGCUCGUGUUGGCCAGCAAGGUGUCCAACCUGAUCCACAUGAUCGACCCCAACACCCUCCAGAUGAUCGAAAUCCCGGCGCCGGUGUACUGGCAGGAUCCUUUCCGCGCCAUCUCCACCAAGCAGAACCUCACCGAGUUCAUCGUCCUCGACAUCACCACCUCCGGCGCGCCGCGUGGAAAGCACCUGCUGGCUGACGUGCAAGUGGCACGCACGCGGGAUUUCGGUAACAACGACACCAUGUUCUACGUGCGCACUCACCUGGGCACCUACCUCAACCCCGGCGACUACGCGCUCGGCUACGAUCUCACCUCCCAGAACUUCAACGAGGCCGACCUUGGCGGUCUCCGCGGCCGACAGGUCCCCGACGUGAUAUUGGUGCGAAAGACGUACCCGGCCCGCCGACGCAAGCCGCGAAACCGCCACUGGAAGGUAAGGCAGCUGCCCAAGGAGGAGCAGGACAACGCCCGUCGCGGGGAUGCCGACAAGCAGAACCACGAUUACGAGACCUUCAUGCAGGAGCUCGAGGAGGACCCCGAGCUGCGCGCUGGUCUCAACCUCUACAAGGUACCUGGUGCCGCGCCUGCCGCGUCUGGUGGAAUGGAGACCGACGAGGAGGCCGAGGAUCUGCCCGAGCCCGGCGUGGACGAACUCAUCGACGAGCUUGAGGACAUGGCCAUCGCCGCCGACGAGUGA